UUUUUAUUAUCCUGGAGAUGGCAGCACUGCGUACAUAGAGUGUGCUUUACAGUACCGGAAAUAGUUAAGGGGAGAGGGAAGAAGAAGAAAGCUCGCUCUCCGCUAGCUAGCUAGCUGCGUCGGAAGGUAGUGACAAAUCUUACAGGAUACAAUCAUAAUGAGUUAUGCAGAUAAGCCGGAGGACAUAACGAGAGAAGAGUGGAUGGAUAAACUUAACAACGUCCACAUUCAGAGAGCCGAUAUGAACAGGCUUAUCAUGAACUACCUGGUGACAGAGGGCUUCAAGGAGGCUGCAGAGAAGUUCAGGAUGGAGUCAGGAAUAGAGCCAAGUGUGGAUCUGGAUUCCCUAGAUGAAAGGAUUAAGAUCAGAGAGAUGAUUCUAAAAGGGCAGAUACAGGAUGCCAUCGCACUUAUCAACAGCCUGCACCCAGAACUCUUGGAUACAAAUCGGUACCUGUACUUUCACUUACAGCAACAGCAUCUGAUCGAAUUGAUUCGUUUGAGAGAAACCGAAGCUGCCCUUGAAUUUGCUCAAUCUCAAUUAGCAGAGCAGGGAGAGGAAAGCAGGGAAUGUCUGACCGAGAUGGAGAGGACACUGGCCUUGCUUGCAUUCGACAACCCUGAGGAGUCACCUUUUGGAGAUCUCCUUAAUAUGAUGCAGAGGCAAAAGGUGUGGAGUGAGGUGAAUCAGUGUGUCUUAGACUAUGAAAACAGAGAGUCAACACCUAAACUGGCCAAGCUCCUUAAGCUGCUGCUGUGGGCUCAAAAUGAACUUGACCAAAAGAAAGUGAAGUAUCCAAAAAUGACAGACCUCAGUAAGGGAACCAUUGAAGACCCAAAGUAAGGACCAAGAGUGAAAAAAUACCACAGCAUGGACACAUUUCCUUUGUGUAUUUAGGUCUAUCUGACUCAUAUAGAGUUCAACCUUUUCUUUUUUGCAAGGGUUGCAUUUUGAUACAUUAUUGUAGAAUGUGCAUACUGGAUUGUCAGCAGUUCAAAGUUCACACUAAAAUAUUAUACAUAUAUUAUUUUACUGGGUAUUAUAAUUUACAUAUUUGUUUAUUUAUAAUACAGUAUAUUCCAGUUACACUAGUUUUUCUGUCUGUUGGCAGGGAAAGUUGAUGAUAAAAGGUUGUGAGUAAAGCCUAAAUUAGGCUGUCACUGUUUGUGUAUGUGUGACCACUUUGGAAGGGUUUGAUAUUCAGGGAAAAUGGCUGGCUCAGUGUGCACUGCCUCAAAUAAAGUCAUACUUUUUACUCAUCAUACAGAUUACUGCUAGUAUUUUAGCUGGUACGAUACGUAAUGGGAGCAGGCAAGAUAGUUGGGUUGUUUCAAACUACUGUGACUUUUAAAGACAAAUUCAACUUUGUAUUUUAACUCAUCAUUUCUCAAACAUUUCCAAAAAAUGCUGACAGCAAGAACAACAAAGAAAAGAUCAACUUUUACAUGAACUGGCUGGACAAGACAAAUUCCCGGAAUCCUGUAAACUUUGCUAUGUAUAAAGACUGUGCAAGCUUAGAGACGGCUUCAGUUUCAUACUGUUAUACAAUAUCACAUGUGAUGUUUAAAGAUGUGAAUGGAUAAAUACACAGAUGUAAAGACCCUUUUACAGAUUGAUUAUUGUGUGGAAUAACAAUAUGGAGUAGCUCUUUUUGCAAUAUUUGAUGUGCUUUUUGCUGGUAUAUUAUUUUGCAAUAAAAGUGAAUUUUGAAACUGGG